AUGGAGUGUAAGAUCGGUGUGCGCGGCGGCGAUCGCCCGCGCCCCAGGCUGCCGCCGCCGCCGACACGGGAGGCGGUCUGGCGGGACGCGGGCACGCGCGGACGGAGAGGUCCGGCGAUCGGGGCGGGGAGGGGAGGGGAGGAAGGGCAGGCGCUCACCUCGGGGACGGAGACCGUGCGGCGGCGGCGGAGAGGAUGCGGCGGCGGCGGCGGAGAGAGCGAGGGCCCACGCAUCGGGCUGGAUUCAACGGACAGGAUUCGCUUGGGGCUUGACCGCGGCGGAGUCAUGGAUAACGUGGACGUAUCCACGAUGAGCAAUCCAUGUGAAUUCUGCCAAAGCAAGCUGAGGUUCAUAAGACAUAUUAAUGGAAACUUCAUGCAUAGCAUGGUCAUACCCCACUGGUUUGUGAACUAUUUUGGAGGAAAGAUCCCAGGAACUAUCAAAUUAGAAGCACCUGAUGGCAACACAUAUGAUGUCAGAGUCACUAAGAGCAUGAACAGAACAAUCCUCAAGUCUGGAUGGGCAGAAUUUGUUGAUGCCAAUCAAAUAGAUGAAAAUUAUUCCUUGAUGUUUCAAUACCUUGGAAAUGCUCACUUUGUGGUUACAAUUUUUGAUUCCAACGGUAAGGAGAAAGCCUUUUGCAGUGCUGGAAUGAAAACUGCCUCUGACAUGAAAACAUCAAAGAAUCGCUAUGUUGAUAAUUCGAGCAGUUCACGUGAUGGCAAUACCCAGUCUUCAUCAGCCGAAGGAUCAGAAUCAGAUGGAUGCCCAAAGAAAAGCUCAUGCCAUUAUUGUGAAUCAGCAAAGAUGGCUGCAUUAUCUUAUACUACUUCUGAGGAAUUUUCAGAAGACAAUCCAUCUGAAGAUGAGUCUUUGGGGUUGGACGAUCUUCAGAUGCUCCCUAAGGAUUGUGUCUUAUCAGGCCAAUGUGUUCUUACAGUAGCACAGAAAGCAAAAAUACGUGCACUUGUCGCUGAAAUUCAACCUAAAACCCAAGUCCUUGUUGUGCUGAUAAAGAAGACUAAUGUAGAACCUUAUACUGAUCUGGUAAUACGGAAGGACUACGCACUCGUGCACUUUCCACGCGAAAGCCAAACUAUCACACUCCAGGUUCCUAGGAAGAGCAAGGAUUGGCAGUGCAAUUUGCGCGUCAAGCCUGAUGGUCGGAGCAACCUAUGCUUGGGCAACUUUGUCCGUGACAACAGUGUUCGAGAAGGAGAUGUCUGCAUCUUUCAACCAAUGACACAGGUUAAGGCAAGCAGAUUCACAAUAAUGGUCCAUCUACUUCACAGAGAGAGCAUUGGUCAUUCCCCUGGAGGAAGAACCGGUAACCACAGAAGGACACAAGCAAAUGACUUGACAGCUCGUGUAAAGGAGGAAGCAGCUUCUGAUGGUGAAGAGAUCUCAUCACCGGGAUCUGAAGACCAUGGAUCCUCUGACAAUUCCGAGGGAUCUUUUGAGCCUCUCUUCAUGCUGUCAGACAGACAAACUCUAACGGAAGCGCAGGAGAUGAAAGUGGUGGAGAAAGUUGAAGCCAUCGAGUCAGCACUGCCAAUUUACGUCGCGAUCAUGAGCGGGUCCAAUGUGCGUCGCAGAAAUUCUGGCAUCUACCUAGGCUUUGGCACGCGGUACGUGUCAAGGUAUAUUGAAAAGAAGUACGCUACUGGGCACGGAAAGAGGAAUGUUAUCAGUUUGGUGCUUCAACGGGAGGGGAAGAACAGGACGUGGUACACGGAGCUGCGGCGAAUGAGUGAUCGCACGAUGAUUAUGAAAGGAUGGGCGUCUUUCGCCCGCGGCAACAGCCUACGGGAAGAUGAUCUGUGUCUCUUCAAACUGAUGGAGAACAAGGAGGCGCUGAAGAUGAUGGUCUACAUCAUUCGUCGAGAGAAGUGUUAG